GUGUCAUGUCAAUCUGAGUGGUCGGGAUCUGUAUCCGGGGUCAAGGUCACUGUGUUCGAUGCGGUAGCCGGUUUUAAAUCGGUCGCUGCUUGUUUCUCGGGACUUGUUGCAGAGAAUUAAAUAAAUCCAGCUUCAUCAAUACCUGCUUCUGAGGAAUGAGGUGAGGGAUGUGAAGAGCUGCAGGUGAAUGGAGACACUGAAGUGGAAUGGCAAAUGAUGCAGAGGGCGGAGAAUUGACGGACAGGCACUGGGGUCGGGACCGGGAAACAUGGCAUCGUCUCCUAAACCUGUGUUAUACACAUAUUUCAGGAGUUCCUGUUCAUGGAGAGUGCGAAUUGCUCUGGCUUUCAAGGGAGUCGCAUAUGACCAGGUAGCUGUCAAUCUGAUCAGAGACGGAGGCCAGCAGCAUGUUGAUUCAUUCAAGACCAUCAAUCCCAUGAAACAAGUUCCAGCUCUCGCUAUCGAUGGCAUUGUCCUCUCCCAGUCCCUGGCUAUAGUACAGUACCUGGAUGAGACUAGACCUGGUCCUCGGCUGCUCCCAGAGGAUGCCAAGAAACGUGCCCAAGUUCGGAUGAUUUCUGACCACAUCACCUCUGGAAUCCAACCUCUGCAGAACCUGCAUGUUUUGCAGAAGAUAGGAGAGGAGAAGAAACUUGAAUGGGCUCAGCACUUCAUCACUAUUGGCCUCCAAGCCCUGGAGAGUCUCCUGCAAUACACGGCUGGGCAGUAUUGUGUUGGUGAUGAGGUGACAAUGGCUGAUCUGUGUCUGGUCCCACAAGUGUAUAAUGCUGUAAGGUUCAAAGUGGGCCUCACACAGUUUCCCACCAUUGUAAAGAUCAACAAUGCCCUUCUGGAACUAGAUGCCUUCAAAGUCAGUCAUCCAUCUUGCCAGCCUGAUGCACCUCCUCAAUCCUGACCCCCAAUCAGCAAGGGCAACAUCAGAUCAAACAGCUCCUGGUGAAACAAGAGAACUUCUCCCAUCAAUUGCUGGUUUGAUAGAACGAGCUCCUUGGACUUUCAAAAUGAUUAAUUAAAAAUUAUUUUUGUUGAAGUA